UGGAACUAUUGACUUCCUAAAAUUACUGUGUUUAUUCGUUGUUAUUAUAAUUGAAAUUAUAAAAAGCUAAAAUUUGCCUCACAAUGAAUCCGUGUGUAUUAAUUCUCUCUUAUGGAAACCUUUCCGCAACGGAAAUUGUUGAAAACAUAUUGACGGAAAUGAUGCAACCAAAACAAUUUACAUGCAUUGCAUACGAAUCUGUGAAUAUAAACUAUUAUAAAUGUGAUAUUAGGACUAAAUAUUACACUACCAGCAUAUCUUUAAUACCAUUUGACGGAAAGUAUGAUAGAGUUCCAUCUGAAGUCAGGAAGACAACUGAAGCUUUAAUUGUUUAUUUUGACACACAAAAAAGGUCAUUCAUCCAGGAACUUUUGGGAAUCAAUGAAUUUUUGAUAGCUAACGAAAUUCAGCUUGGAUUUUUAAUAACAUCAUCAUUUUUGGAUAAGCCAAAUGAACUCACAUUUGAAGAAGUGAAGGAAACCGCAUAUAUAGCAUUCGAUGUGGUAGCACUGAAACAAGAGGACGAGGAUUCAGAAGAAACGGUUUCCGAAACAGAUAAAAUUUCAUAUGCGGAGAUUAUUGAAGGCUUAUCAAAUUACGUUUGGUCGAACAUAAACAUAAAACCAUCGUCAACUUCAUCGCGCAACUAUUCGAACAACGGUGAAGAACUGGAAAGUCAGAUGAAUGAUUUCGAAAAAUUACUUAUUACGGCGCAAAGUUUACGCAACGAUACAAGUUUAACAAGAGAUGAAAUUUUAAAUAAGGCGGAAGAAUUAGCAGAGGCUAUGUCAGCAAUUUUAAACGAUAAUGAUAGUGAUUAAUUGUUUUUAAUGAGUCAUUCCAAAAAAUAUAUAUAUAUAU